UUUUUUCACUUUCUUUCACUAGCUGCUACUACUAGUGACCUCUUUUUUCUUUCUUUCAAAAUAAAAAAUUUUGAAAUCUGCAAAAACUUUACGAGACUUCAUUUGAAAAAAAGAAAAGAAAACAAUUAUUUUCUCGGUGUCCAAACAGAAAAGAGAAAAAAAAACGAAGAAGGUGGCGGAUCAAAUGUGAUGGGAAGUGGACUGUCCACCUUCUUCCGCCCUUGCUUGCGACCAAACUCUAACAAAAAUCAAAAUGAACCGUCACCGGACCUUAUAUUCACCGGCGAACACCAUUUGGAUGAAACCCUAGGUCAUUCCUUCUGUUACGCUCGAUCUUCCAACCGUUUUCUAUCUCCGACUACUUCCGAUCGGUUUCUAUCUCCGUCCAACUCUCUCCGCUUCUCUCCUUCGAGAGCUGCUGCCGCCGCCGCCGACGGCGAUACUUGCCGAGCUGAGACUACUUCGUUCAAGUCCAUUUCCGGUGCUUCUGUUAGUGCCAACACUGCUACUCCUAGAACUGUCCUUCAACUUGAUAAUAUUUACGAUGAUGCCAUUGGCUUCUCCUCUUCUGCAGGUGGUGGAGUUAAGAGCAGUAUUGUUAACCUUGAUGGCUUCGAGAGCACGUCGUCUUUUAGUGCUCUUCGGUUACAGCCUGUGCCACGUGGCGGCGAGGGAUUUUUCAUGUCUGGUCCUAUAGAGCGGAGUGCCGUAUCCGGUCCACUUGAUGCUAACUCCUCAGGUGCCGAUAAUUGCGGGGGUCGGGUCCCUUUCUCUGCUCCAUUAGGUGGCACUUAUGUAAAAAAGAAAAGAAGGAAGGGUAUAACGGGAAUUAAGAAACGCCCCUGGGUUGUACCGGUAUUAAAUUUCGUGAACCGGAGAGAAAAUUCGAGCUCUGGAUAUACUGAUGUGAUUGAGCAGAGAGAGGAGAGUAAUGUGCAAUGGGCGUUAGGGAAAGCAGGGGAGGAUCGGGUGCAUGUGGUUGUAUCGGAGGAGCAAGGGUGGCUGUUUGUUGGGAUUUAUGAUGGUUUUAACGGCCCUGAUGCACCUGAGUUCUUGAUGGGUAAUCUUUAUAGAGCUGUUUAUAAUGAACUUCAAGGUUUAUUUUGGGAAAUUGAAGACCCCCAUGAUACUACUUUAGUAACAGCAAGUAAUGUAGUAGAGAAUAGUGACAGUAUAAUUGACCCAUCUCUAGAUGUGAAUUCAAACUCAAUUGGUGAAAUAGAAUCAAAUUUAGUUCAAGAAAUUGCAGCUAAACCUAAUCCAUCGGAUGAAUCGGUUAUCGAAAGGACGAAAAGGGUUACAUUUCAAUCGGAGGGGACAUCCGAAAUUACACGCAGAAAACGGCUAUGGGAAUUUCUAGCCGAAGAAGACAUGAAAGACGGGCUUGAUCUUUCGGGGUCAGAUAGAUUUGCCUUUUCGGUUGAUGAUGCAAUUAGUGUUGGAAAUACAGGCCCUGCUGCAAAUAGAAAGUGGUUAUUGCUGUCGAAAGUGAAAGAAGGGUUUUCAAAACAUAGGGAUAAGAAGAAUUUGUUUCCCUGGAAGUUUGGAUUGCAAGGGAAGGAAGAGAAGGUGGAGACUACGAGUAGAGUGGAGGAGGAGACGGUUCUGCAUAGGAAAAGAAAGGUGGGACCUGUGGAUCAUGAAUUGGUAUUAAGGGCAUUAUCAAGGGCACUGGAGAUGACUGAAUCAGCGUACUUGGAUAUGACUGAUAAGGUGUUGGAUACAAAUCCUGAGCUGGCAUUGAUGGGUUCAUGUUUAUUAGUGGUAGUGAUGAGGGAUGAGGAUGUAUAUGUGAUGAAUGUGGGUGAUAGUAGAGCAGUUGUUGCACAGUAUGAGCCCCAAGUGGUUGGCCCUAGUAUUACUGAUAAAGAGUUGACCAUGGAAGGAGCGGCUGAGGGUCCUGCUCAGACAAUGAGGUUGACUGCAUUGCAGCUGUCUACUGAUCACAGUACAAGCAUUGAAGAAGAAAUAAUACGAAUUAAGAAUGAACACCCAGAUGACAGCCAAUGUAUUGUCAAUGAUAGAGUAAAAGGUCGUCUAAAAGUUACGAGAGCAUUUGGUGCUGGAUUUCUCAAACAGCCCAAAUUUAAUGAUGCAUUGUUGGAGAUGUUCCGGAACGAGUAUAUGGGCACCGCACCAUAUAUAUCAUGCUUGCCUUCUCUACGUCACCAUCAACUGUGUCCAAGAGAUCAAUUCGUAGUCCUAUCAUCCGAUGGACUUUAUCAGUAUCUUACCAAUCAGGAAGUAGUUUCUUAUAUUGAAAAUUUCUUUGAGAAGUUUCCUGAUGGAGACCCAGCGCAGCACCUGAUAGAGGAGCUUCUUUCUCGGGCAGCAAAGAAAGCUGGAAUGGAUUUUCAUGAAUUGCUAGACAUCCCACAAGGAGACCGCAGAAAGUACCAUGACGAUGUUACUGUUAUGGUGAUUUCUCUUGAAGGAAGAAUCUGGAAGUCAUCAGGAAAGUACCUUUAAAAUCUUUAUACAUUAGCAUCUAAAGUCUAAACUUGCGACCACCUAGUUGAGUUUUCUGCAAGCACUCAAGGGAGGUUUUUAAGGGUGAUCCAUUUUUCAUGGGUCAUAAACAUAUCUACACAGUUAACAAGGGCAAGUCUAAGUGAUGUUAGCCAAGACUAAUGCUAGGUUAGCCGAUAAAUGUCGCCACUGGGGAUUGAUUCUGCAGAUGUGGUCGGUAGGAAAUGCUCCUUAGGUAUUAAAGGAUCAAAAAGAAAAGAAUCAUUUUUUUGUUUGUUUCAUUGGUAGUCUUUGCAUCAGAUAGGCGCCUUUCGUAUUUUCUUUAAUUUUUUUUAAUCUUUUAGAGCCGAAGUCCCGAGGGGAAAAGGGUUCGUUGUAAUAUGGUGGGGGUAUACUGAACUCGAACAUUAUCUAGUCUUAAAAGUGAGCUCUGUAAUUUUGAAGGUGAAUUCUCGCCACUGCGGUUUAAAAGAGUUGAUUUUUCUUCGUCCAA